AUGUCAUCAUCUCAAGUCGACGCCGAGGUCCUCAUCGUCGGUGCCGGCAUCGGCGGCCUCACGCUGGCAGCCAUCCUCUCGCGCCUCGACAUCUCGUGCAAGGUCCUCGAGCGAAGCGACGUGCUGCGCCCCGUCGGCGCGGGCAUCUCCCUCUCGCCCAACGGCCUCCGCAUGCUCGACCAGCUCGGCGUGUACGAUCAAGUCUUGGACGCGGGGCAGAAGCUGCGGAAAGUGCAAAUAUGGCGUGGUAAGAAGCUCUGGAAUACGGUGGACUGGGCGGGCUGUGAGGCCAAGUUCGGGUAUCCGGUCAUGUCCUUGGAGCGUCACCACUUUCAUAGACUCCUCUUUGAUGCUGCGGGAGGUGAUGAUGUCGUGCAGUUCGGCAUAAAGAUUGUUGAUGUGAUUGACGAUUCGAGCGAGUCCUUCGUCAGGGUGGUUUCUGACGAUGGGAAAGAGUUCCGGGCUCACGUCGUUGUCGGUGCUGAUGGGAUACGGUCUGUUAUCCGGAGAUGCCUGGCUCGAGACGCUGGCCUCAAGGAGGCCAACACCAUCAAGUUCACAGGGCGUGUCCACAUGAGUGGUAUCACCGCUCCGUUAGAGCAUCUCAGUGCCCAGGACCUCGGUGUCGCGAACUGGAUGCUCUACGAAAACUCGACUCUCACAACUUGGCCAUGCCCCGACAACCGACAAUGGUUCAUCGGCGUCACGGUACGAAAAGUCCUCCGUACUCCUACGCAUGCCGGUAGGGGUGACCCUCAGCUAAUCUUGGCGACGAAACAGAAAACCGACGAGAAGGUUGAUAAUGAUCGGUCUAUCUGGAGCAACUGUGACGAAGAUACCAUCAAUUCGGUCUACGGAGACAAGUUCCACCCGUUUGCGGAGAAAGGAGAGUUUAGCGAUAUUGUCGAAAAGAACGAGCGUAUCCUUGCCUGCAAUAUGUUCCAAGAAGUCGAGUUCCCUUCAAUGGCCCGAGGCAGAGUCUGUCUUAUCGGCGACUAUCACGGAGCCUAG